AUGUACAUCAAUCCUUCUCAGAAAGACCUGCUCAAGUUGCUCAAGUUCAUAGACUCCGACCAGUUAAACUACCUUGCUCGCCCAUAUCAAAAUCCAAGGGGAUUGUUCGAUGCAAACGUGCAUUCACAGGAACUCCCAAAGCUCUCCAAGUUCACCUAUCUUUGGAAUGCGCUUCUCGGAGAAGCCAAAGAGUCUGUUCGCAAGUUUCAAGUAACGGCGGACAAUUACUCCAGAGCCAUCACCUUCCUCCACAACAGGGAAGUCCUUGCAAAGAAGCGUUGGACCCCUUCAAAUCUCCAACCGAUUUCCAUGCAAGGUCUUUUCGAUCUUAUGGAAGAAGUGCUUUUUGCGGAAGAGAUGGACACGAGAACUACGGGAGACGCUAUCACCCGGGACACAUCCUUAGAAAGCGGUAUGGCUCGCAAAAUGCUAUUGCAAAGGAGACCACAGAACAGCUGA